AGAGGCAGAAGCAGCGCGGAGGAGACGGGAGUGAUCUGUACGCGGAGCCACCAUGUGAGGCCCGGCUAGGCUUCGGCAGCGGGAGUGAGGAGCCUCCUCAACAAGCCCAAGAGUGAGAUGACCCCAGAGGAGCUGCAGAAGCGGGAGGAGGAAGAAUUUAACACAGGUCCACUCUCUGUGCUCACGCAGUCAGUCAAGAACAACACCCAAGUGCUCAUCAACUGCCGAAACAACAAGAAACUCCUGGGUCGUGUGAAGGCCUUUGACAGGCACUGCAACAUGGUGCUGGAGAAUGUGAAGGAGAUGUGGACUGAAGUUCCCAAGAGUGGCAAGGGCAAGAAGAAGUCCAAGCCAGUCAACAAGGACCGCUACAUCUCCAAGAUGUUUCUGCGUGGGGACUCAGUCAUUGUGGUCCUGCGGAACCCGCUCAUUGCUGGCAAGUAGGGGUUCCCUGCCUGCUGUCAGAACUCAUCCCCCAUCCUGCAAAGACUGCCCUUUGUGAUGGGAAUAAUAAAGUUGUGUGUGUUUUUUUCUA